UCCUGUCCGCACUGGGGCAGCGGAGAUGGAUGUUGUUUAAGCAGUAGGAUGUCCAGGUGAAGGAGCGUGAGGAUGAGGAAGUUAAAGAAGAGGACCUCAUUGAGGAAGGCUCCUGCCAAGGCAAAGAAAACAUCUCUAAAGACUGUGGCAGGGUUCGAAGACAUUGCGGUGUAUUUCUCGAGGGAAGAAUGGGCAUCUUUAGAAGAAGGGCAGAAGGAGCUCUAUCGACAGGUCAUGAUGGAUAAUUACAAAACUUUUUACACGUUAGGUCACCGUAAUAAAAAACCCAAAUUAAUAUUACGCCUUGAACAAGGAAAAGACCCAUCAGUAAAAGGCUGGGGAGGGCAUUUCAAAGCACAAGAUACCUCCAGCAACCAAACGGAUGAGCUGCAUACCUCACUGUUUACACCUGAUGGAUUGGCCGUAGAAGGGAUACGUUUGGUUGAUGACUUAGAAGGAGAACCUCACGUUCCACUUAAAGAGGAGAGUCUGACCGCCAAGCGUCGAUACAACUUCCGAGACCGUGUUGAAGUAGCAUACUCUGUGUUUUUUGACGAUGAGAUAAGAGAGCUUAAGAGGAAAAAAGGUUUACGAACCAAGUUAAACUGCGAUAAAAUAGAGCCGAUGGCCUGCGGACUAUACUCUUGUAGUGAAUGUGGCAAAAAAUAUAAGCAGAAGUCCACCCUGGUCCAACACCAAAAAUUGCACACUGGAGUGUCAUGCUUCGUCUGUAUGAAAUGUGAUAAGUGUUUCACACAAAGGUCUAAUCUUAUGAGACACGAAAGAAGCCAUGCCGUGAAGAGACCAUUUGCCUGUCCUGACUGUGAGAAAUGUUUCAGUGAUUCCUCUGCUUUGCAUAAGCAUCAGAGAAUUCAUUCGGGACUCAAGCCAUAUAAAUGUUCGGAAUGUGACAAAACUUUCAGCAUCAGUAAUUACCUAAUUGUUCACCAGAGAGUUCACACGGGGGAGAAACCUUACGUUUGUGACAGGUGUGGGAAGUGUUUUGCACAAAGUUCCGCGCUCAUCACACAUUCAAGAGUACAUACCGGUAUAAAACCUUACGGUUGUAUCGAAUGUGGAAAAGGUUUCACAACUAGUUCUCACCUUAUCACUCACCAAAGGACCCAUACUGGAGAAAGACCGUAUCCGUGUGAAGAAUGUGGGAUGGCCUUCAAACACAGCACCCAUCUUGUGUUACACAGACGUAGACACACCGGGGAGAAGCCAUUCAGCUGUGAUAAAUGCAGAAAAAAGUUUUCUCAGAAAACCCAUUUCUAUAAACACCAGCAACGACAUCAUGACGAUGAAUGAUGUCACAGCUAAGUCCAAAUACCUCUUUACAUCUGCUUUCAUUUUAGGAAACACUUUUGUAAAUGCUUGCCUAAUAUGCUUUUUUGAUGUAAUUUAAAGCUGGCCAUACAUUUGAGAUAAUGAUCGACCCCAUUGAGGCCAAUCGGUCAUCCAUGGGAUUGUUUAAACAAACGAUCCCACCAACUAAACUACCCGACUAAGCAGUAAUUUUUUUUUAAAUAUAAAAACAGACUCCCUGGUGCUUGAGCACAAUGGCAAGUGAUUGGCUGAAUUCGGCCAACAUGCAGUUCUGGCGCGAUGAACGGACAACGUUUUUGAGCGAGGCGGAUUGCAUUUUCGGCAGGCAAGAGUCUGCCGUCGGUGAUGGCGAACAAGCUUGUUAGCGCUAUUUUUUCGAAUGACCGUCUGAAAUGUGCCAUUCCGGCCAACUUUAAUCUUAUGUGUAUGGCUACCUUAAGCCUUGUUGGCUUAUGUGUUGUGUUAACCUAAUAACAUGACAACGAAGGUGGACAGCAUGGACUGUUGCAUUCUUUCUAGUCCUACAUUCCUCUCUAGUUAGUGGCACUAUCAUUUCAAGGUCCUUUUCAAUUCUCAGUGACAUGUCAUACGUUUGUACCGGUUGAGGUCUAGGUGGUAGGGCACCUAUUGAUAGCUUCACCAAACUAAGUCAGAAGGGCUCAGCUGAGUGUUGUGUCUCCUUGACUUUGAUCAGCUUUUUCCUAGGGAGGGUUAUCUGCAGAUCAGAAUUUAUAUGAGCCCAGUAUAUCUAGGUAAAAAUGGUCAAAAAGGAAGCGGCACAGUGGCUUUCCAGUGGUGGUGGGGCUCCUUGGCAUCUUGGUUCCCACCAACCAAAAGUUCAGUUUGAUAGGUCACUUCUUGAAUGGACUAAAGCCAUGUCACCUUCUGGAAGAAUAAGACCUGUAAGUUUCUUGUUCAACAUGUAAUAGUAAUCCAUCACCAGUAACCAUGCUACCUCUGUAGCGUCAGAAAAUACAACAAUGCAGCACAAACUAGCUUCCCAACAGCGCCAAAUACCAGAAUGCACCACAAAAUGCCUUUUCAAGAGUCCCAGACAGAUGCCAAAAUAUAGCACAAAAUGCCUGCCUACCAGCUCCAAAUACUGCCCAAGGUACACCAACCAGCAGCACAGAAUACCUCGCCAGAACCUGCACUUCUAUGAUGGCCAUUGCCGGCCACCAUUUUCUGUCCUCCUUCAGUUGUCUGUAAAUAAGAUGUGGACGAUGAGGCUGAAGAGGUGAGACGUGUGCCCCAGCACUGUGUCAACCCCAUCUUUAGCAUGAUGUCUGGGUCAGCACUGCCAAACAUACUGGAUUCUGUAUUGCAGCCUUUGGUGCUGUUCCUAAAUUACAGUAUUAACAUUAACGUACAUUAACCCCUUAAAGCUAUAUGAUGUAUUAUACAGCAGAUAUCUACCAGCAGUGACCCCCUCAGCUGCUGUGGCAUCUUUGAGGUUAGACAGAGGGAGAGGGCUCUUUCUGCCCUCCGAUGACACCAUGGGGAACACACAAGGCACGGCCUGACAGACCGCCAAUUAAAAUGUGACCGUAAUAGCAUUCUAUUGCCGUUUAUGGUACAAGCAGUUAGAAGAUUGCAUGUACCCUAAAUUACAGUGAAAAAAGUUUAAAAAUGUUUCUAAAAACAAAACAAAAAAACACAGGUAUUAAAAUUUGAAAUCACCCCUUCCCCAGUUUUAUAGUGAUCAAAAAGUCAUAUGUACCCUAAAGUGGUACCAUUAAAGGGUAACUGUCAUUUUUUUUUAUUUGCUAGUUUAUUAGAGCUAGGCAUGUA